GAGGCCAGGGGUAGCUACAGGAGGGUGGGGUGGCUAAGCUGUUUGUUAGCAAGACUGUAGCAUCCCAGAGCGGUUUGUGCAGCAAGUAAAGCAGCUAAAGUGGUGUAGAAGAGUAGAAGAGAUGGAGGGGUGGAUAAGGAGAAGCAGGCAGGGGGAUAUGACAUCCCCGUUGUCUUUGUCUCCAGGAUACAGUGACAAGUGAGAAGGAAGAGGAAAGUUGCAGGCAUCUGUUGAGCCACAUGGGAGGGCCAUUAGAGCUGCACCACCUCCCCAUCUGACUUCCCCAUGAAGUGCCCACCUGGGAGGACGAUGAGCUCUGUACCUGUCUUUUUUCAUCUGUCUAGUCCCAGCUCACCACUUCCCACCCCCUGUCCUUCACUCCCAGAGGCCUCUUUUACGGUAAAGUCAGUGCCAGGCCCCUGCUGCUUUGUCUCCGGCUCAGGAUGGGUCCCCAGUCAAGUCCCAUCCAUACGUCACUGGCAGCAGCAGACAGAGAGCACUCCCUCACUGAUAAUAGCAACUGCACAAAGCAAUAGCAUCCUCUCAGUGUCUGUCGGCAGUCUGCCUCUCUGUUCUGGAUAAAACCUGGGGCAGAGAAAAAUACUUUGCAGAAGACUGAAGAAACCACAGAGAUUUGGAAUAUAACCUCGUCUAAACGAAUAACUCGAUGAAGCCAAGUCCAGAUUGUAGAGGAGUACUGAUAAGAAUCACAGGAAGUUUUCAGGGACCUUAUCGUUUAUAGAAACUUAUCGUCGCUUAGGUUUGUAGCAUCGAGGUUCUGUGAAGUUGGAGAAGUUUUUGUUUUUUAACGAAUGGAGUUCAACUAGACCAAAAACCUACUGGAAAUGCAGGCCUGGUGUCAUCACUGCCAUCAUAAUCUUUUCAUUUGCUCCUCAAACAAGAGGCCAUCUGUUGUUACGGCGCCUCUGGAUGGAAAUAGUGUCUAGAGGUUGAGAUAUCUUUGAGGCUGCGGUUGUGACAGCAUGGAGGAGAUGUGCUAUGUGGGAAGACGGGACCUCACCUGCCUGCUGUGGUUUUAGCCUCCUCCAUGGCUGCUGCUGGGGUAGGAACAGGAGGGUCAACCCAGAGACAUCACGACCAGAGGCCUUCCCUCACCCUCACAGGCUCCCAGCAGAAGGCAACCGUAUUGGAACAAAUCGUCCCUGCUCACAGAAGUUUAAUUCCAGUGUGGGGACUCUGCCUCAGCUCGAGCCACCAGUGGUCCAGGUGAUGGUUAGCAAUGCCAAAAACCAGCAGCAGCAGUCAGACAGCAUCUUGCCCCAAAUUGCCAGCAAAGGGGGUCCAAACAACUAUCAGACACAAUCGGACGAGAGGCCAAAGCCCACUCAGCAGUUCACCACACGGUUCGGUACAACAGCUGAUAGAGUGUCAGUGUCUCGCAACAGCAGGAUUUUCAUCAACAAGCUGGAGAAAGAGAAAGCAUACGAGGGUCAAAAGUUACCCAUGUCACCUUUAGAAGCAUUGAAGAACUUCCAGGAUCGCCUGACGGAGUUUGAAAAGGAGGAAAUCAUGGAUUAUUCUGAGAUCUGGUUCCUUGGUUUGGGUUCCCAGAAAAUCGAGGGUUCCCAAGGAGCUCCACAGAACUCAGGAUAUGAUGAUGAACACGGAAGCUACAUCAGGGUGUUGCACGACCACAUUGCCUACAGGUUCGAAGUGCUGGAAGUGAUUGGGAAAGGCUCCUUCGGACAGGUCCUAAAAUGCCUGGAUCACAAGAACAAUGAACUUGUAGCCAUAAAGAUAAUCCGCAAUAAGAAAAGGUUUCAUCACCAGGCUCUCGUGGAGCUGAAGAUCUUGGACGUGAUAAAGAGGAAAGACAAAGACAACCUCCACAAUGUCAUCCACAUGAAGGAGUACUUCUACUUCCGAAAUCACCUUUGCAUCUCCUUUGAGCUUCUGGGGGUGAACUUGUACGAGCUCAUUAAAAAAAACAACUUCCAGGGCUUCAGCCUCGCCCUUAUCCGGCGUUUCACUCAUGCGCUUCUCAGGUGCCUGCAGAUGCUGCACAGGGAGAAGAUAAUCCACUGUGACCUCAAACCGGAGAACAUCCUUCUCUCUCAAAGAGGGCCAGGCAACAUCAAGGUGGUCGACUUUGGAUCAAGCUGCUAUGAACAACAAAGAGUGUACACAUAUAUCCAGAGUCGCUUCUACCGCUCUCCAGAGGUCAUCCUGGGUCACCCUUACAGCAUGGCCAUCGAUAUGUGGAGUCUGGGCUGCAUCCUAGCUGAGCUUUACACAGGCUAUCCUCUCUUCCCUGGAGAGAGUGAAGUGGAGCAGAUAGCUUGCAUAAUGGAGGUCCUUGGAAUGCCUCCAAAUGAUUUUGUUCAGUCAGCAUCGAGAAGGAGGUUGUUCUUUGACUCUAAAGGAAACCCAAGAAACAUCACUAACAGCAAGGGGAAGAAACGGAGACCCAGUUCCAAAGAGCUUUCAGCUGUGCUGAAAACGAAUGAUGCUGUCUUCUUAGACUUCAUCAAACGCUGCCUCAGCUGGGAUCCAAGUAAGCGCAUGACUCCUGAUGAGGGGUUACAGCAUGAGUGGAUCCUACAAGGAAAUUUCAACAAAGUCCGGACCAGAACCAAGCCUGCAGCCAAGAAGACAUCAGACAGUUCGACCAGCACAGACAAACAAGCUAACAGCCAUCCUGCAGAGACGGUCAGCUCGGAAAGCAACAGCAGCGACAAGCUGAAGAAAGACAGUUCAGAAACCGGAACAAAGAUGGCUCCCGCAGAGCGUCUGCGUCCCAUUGGGGCCUCAGCAGAAGAGGAGGUGUGUGAAAGUGAAGGCAAGCUGUCCACAGAUACCAAGCGACAGGAAUGCAGUGGAGAAAGGCCCAUACACAUCAUCAUCAAACCUCAAGAGGAAGACGACACAGAGAGGAAAGAUAUUCAGGAGCCAUCUCAGGAUUUGUCACCUGCUGUCUAACAAACAGAGAUAAACAUGCUGCAAUCAUGACAAAUGGGAACAGAGAACAUUCAAAUAACACGAUUGAGAAAGCUGAUUUUGAAAACCCUGCACAUUCACAAAGUCAGUGAAACGUUACCACUGAUAGCAACAGAAAUGUGUGAUUUACACUCACACACAGAAAACGUCUCCGUUUCCACGUGCCGUGUAUAAAACACUGAUGUAUGGAUUAGAAACAACAAUCAACAGCAAAGACAGGCAUCUUUUUUUAUUGUUUAAACUAUUCAGUCGUAGUGUAUUAUUGUUUGUUUGGUGAAUCUUAGAGUUUUUAUGACAGUGAAGUCAAUCAACCAGUUGCAUUUUUGAAUGAAGUUGAGAUGCAGUUGUUAGUUUGUCUAAAUGUGUCACAAACUGUCUGCCACACAAGAAUGUACAGAUGGUACAGCAUAAACUCUCCUACUGUUUAUGAACCCCAAAAAUCUUUGCUGUGCAUUGAAAAUCUCAGAAGAGCUGAUGUGAAAAGAAAAGAACAUUGUAGAAAAAAAGAUCUGCAGAACCGUGUGGUGCAAUAAAGGCUGAGCCAAAUGUUUUCUUUUUUCAGUUGUGAUAUUCAUAAAAUAUUUCCCAUGUACAUUUUAAUUAUAGUAUGAAGUUAAUGACAUACUGAUUGUUAAUUACUUUAUCGCUAUUUAUUGUGGAAUAUAUUUGACCCUGUGUUUCAUAUUUGUUUAACAGUUUAAUUCAACAAACAUUAAAUAUUUGUAAUAGAAUUUACUGUGUACAUAUAUAUAUAUAUAUAUAUCUAUGUUUCAGCUGUAAUUUCUUAUACAUGUCAACCACAGACCAUGUUAUGAGAAAAUAUUUCAGAUACUUGUGGGGGACUUAGACAAGGUUUUACUUGUUGUGUUGUUAUUGUAUGAAGAAAUUUUGUAUGUCUGUGUUAUUACCAACAUUUUUUAUAUUAGAUACAAAAAGACAAUCCUAUUAUUGAUAGUUUGUGCCUUGCAGUAUUAGAAAUCUUGCACUUUAAUAUUGUGUGUGUACACCUGAAAUCGCUGAAUUCUUACCUGACUUUCAUUUAACCUGCCAGGAUCCUUUUUAUUUUAUAAGAUCUUAUAUCUUAUAUCAUGUUACAGAAAAAAAUGAAAAAAAGAAAACUUGCAUUUUAUAAGUUUUGUUUGUUUGUUUGUUUUGUUUUGGGGUUGGUUUUUUUUAGUCGCCAUAAAGAUCUGACAUAAAUUGCAGAUAAGCCCGUGCCCUCGCUUUGUGUUCGCUAAGAAGGCAGAUGUGCUGAGAUAAAGGAUUGUAGCCGAAAUAAGAAAAGUCCUGAGAAUCGUUUUUAUGUCUUUUAUGAUGGAAUAAAGACGGGAGAAAAGCUGUUUCAGAAA